UAACUCUGUUAUCUCCAGUUACGCACAGAUAGUCGCGCUGUGCGGAUAUUUAAGCUUCAUUUGUAUCGUUUCAGCCAUACUUUAAUGUUUAUUAUAAGAAUAAAACAACAAUCGUCGAGUCAUACUUCGUAUAUUACUCAUGAAUCCGAUUUUAAUCAAAUUAAUAAAAAUAUCGAAAAAGGAAGUAUUGUUUAAACGAGUCAGCAACUUAUUUAUUGAAAACAAAAGUUUUGAUAAAACUCAUUGGAUCUCUUAUCGAAGAUACGCAACUUACAAAAUGGAAGCAACAAGUGAUCCGUAUCGGAGACAUCUUUUCGACGAUGAUACUUUAUUCAAUGUUUAUAAAAAUGAAUCAAUAAACUUAUCGGUCGGUGCCCCUGGUCCGGAUCUGCUCCAAAAUUGUGUAGAACUUAUGAAAAGAGCCACAGAUCAUCGCUUGGAAGAAGAAAAAAAUGAAGGAAAAUAUUAUCUGUUUCAAUAUGGUGUGACAGCAGGUUUAUGGGAGUGCCGUGAAGAAUUGUCCAAAUUCUUGAGCAGACGUUACGGUGAUCCUGUGAAACGAGAAAAUUUAAUAUUAACAUGUGGAGCUUCUCAUGGCUUAACACUUUUGUUGAAUACCAUCCUUUCACCAAAUGGAGUAAUUUUUGUAGAAGAAGUAACUUACAUGAUAGCCUUAGAUACUUUCAAACAAUUUCCAUUAAUGAAAAUAGUCACAGUACCAAUGAAAGACGAUGUAGUAGAUUUAGAUGCAUUUGAAAAGAUAGUCACAGAAGAAAAAUGUAAUGGUAAUUUUUUAAUGAAUGAGCAAAAACUAUUCUGGGCCAUGUUUUACACGAUUCCUACUUUUCAUAAUCCGACUGGGACAACCUUGCCUCCUGAAAGCUGCAAGCGUCUUGUUAAAAUAGCACGAAUGAAUUCUUUAUUAGUCGUUUGUGACGAUGUAUAUAAUUUAUUGCAUUAUGGAGACGGUUUACCACCACGCCGAUUAUUCUUUUAUGACCAACCAACGGAUCCUGAAUAUAAAAGUGGAAAUAUUGUAUCAAAUGGAUCAUUUUCAAAAAUUCUUUCUCCAGCACUUCGUUUUGGAUGGAUUGAAUGUAGCUCACAACUUGCCAGUAUCUUUAGAGUUUCAGGAAUUUUAUGCAGUGGUGGUGCAGUUAAUCAUUACGGCUCUGGUGUUGUUACAAGUUUAUUACAACUAAAUCUUCAAGAUAAUUAUCUUGAUAAACUGAUUGAAACAUAUAAGGAACGAUUAUCAGUAUUAUGUAAUGUAUUGGAUAAGUAUUUACCACAAUGUUGUUUAUAUAAAAAACCAGAAGGUGGUUACUUUGUGUGGAUUCAUCUACCUUCAGGAAUAAAUGGUACUGAUUUUGUUCAAUGGUGUCAGAAAAAAUACAAGGUAUCUGCCAUACCAGGUAUACGAUUUUCACAUUCAGGAAAAUCUCACAACUUUUUACGACUUAGCAUAAGUUUUCAUAGAAAAGAUGUUUUAGAAACUGCUGCAAUGGCUCUUUGUAAAGCUCUUUCAGACUAUGUUACAGAAAAUAAUAACUGUAUAAUAUAAUAAUUUCCCAAUGUUAUAAUAUUAUAAAGAAUAAUAU